GGCACUAGGAAAGAAAUAGAUUAAAAUUCCACCCUUCACAAUAGCUUUGGAUUUAAUUAUUGAUAGGAACCCAUUUGAUAAAUUCCUUAACUUCUUAUGAUUGUCUUGUUGAUUAAAUUGUUCAUGCUCACCACCACCAAUAAGGUAUUUUUCUCUGAUUGUUAGUUCAAAUUAUAUUGUUAAUUCCAGUUUCCCUUUUCCUCAUAUUUACCCCGAAGAGGUGUUGCAUAUAGAAUCCCAAUUAACAAAAUAGACUUUAUCUUCAAAGUUGAUGUCAUUUAAAAUUUUUCCGUCUUUAUAUUUUAUUUACUUCCUAUUCAUUUUUUGCUCCAUUUUUCAUGUUACUUCUCAGUUUCCUAGAACUUCAAGUAUUAAAAUAACCUGUUGCAUGUAUUAGGCAUAUUUCCUAUGUUACAUUUCUUUUGUCUAUUUUCCUUUCAAAAUUGGUAUUUUUGUUGGGCUCAAUUUUCAUUAUAAUACUUUUCUUAAAGUUUCUUUCUUUCUUUCUUUUCUUUUCUUUUCUUUUUUUUUUUUUCCUUUUUGAGACAGGGUCUUACUCUUGUCACCCAGGCUGGAGUGCAGUGGCACAAUCUUGGCUCACUGCAACCUCUGCCUCCUGGGCUCAACGGAUCCUUCCACCUCAGCCUCCCAAGUAGCUUGGACUAUAGGUGCAUGCCACCAUGCCUGGCUAAUCUUUUGCAGCGAUGGGAUUUUGCCAAGUUGCCCAGGCUGAUCUUGAACUCCUGGGCUCAAGCCAUCCUCCCUCCUCAGCCUCCCAAAAUUCUGGGAUUACAGGCAUAAGCCAAUGUGCCCAUCCAAAGUUUUAUUUAUUUAUUUUUUUGAGAUGGAGUCUCGUAAAGUUACCUUUAAAAAAAAAAGUUCUAUUUUCCCUGUAUUGGUAUCUCCUUAAAUAAAAUAAAAUAUUCCUAUUGUAAGUGAUAUGAGAAAUCUUUAACCAGCCUUAUCUAAAAAUAAAAAGAGAAGCCAUUGUAAGACAUUCAGUAUGUGUAAAUGUGUUUGUGUUUGUAGACAAAAGGCAAAGGUAUUAUGUAAAAAUAUUUAAUAAUUUAUUCUUUCUAUUACUGAAUUAAAAAAUCAGAGGUCCCUGUUAUAUUUUUAAUGGCUAACAACUCAAUCUCAUUAAGUUGGAAAAAAACUUAUCAAGGAGACAUUUACAUGGUUUGGCUCUUAUAUUCAUCAUAGUAUACAUUGGCGGUAUCUAGCCCUUUCUCUGUAAAAUAUCCGUAUGUUUAAUCUGUAUUUCUUGCUUAUUAUGUGUAAAGUUGAGCUUCUUUCUAGAUAUUAGGCCUUUGAAUAAAAUUCUAUGUGAGUCAGAUUUAAUAAUUUGUUUUCACUUUCAAUAGUGUUAGGAUAGGUGUUAGUUUGAUCUGUUCUUUACCUCCGCUUAUUUGGUUCAGAGAAAUUAGGGCCUACUAGAUUUCCACUAAAAGGGACUUGAAAAUAAAGGUCAGUCCCUUCUUUAAUUCUGCAAGUUACUUUAAAGCUAAUCUAAGAAAAAAAAACAAAUUGCAAAGUAUGAGUAAAUUAAAGAAAACAAUUUUCAAAUAGCAGAGAUCGAAAGGCACUGAAUUUUGUUUCAUGUCCUACUCACUAGUUUAUUUAUGCAUGCCUUAAUAUAGCCAGCAUUUAGUGAGUGGCUAAUUUGCCAACCAAAGAUGACUAAGACAUAGUUGUUCUCAAGUAGUUCACACAUUGAUGAAGGGGCAAACUGGCCUGAAACAAGAAGCAAUAACAUUUAUAGAGUAAACAUAGUUGUAUGCAUAAGUUUUAGAGAAACACAAUGGAAAGACAGCCUAAAUGCUUGGUUCUGGACUACAGAGCGGUGAUUCUAGUUAGGCAAUCUGAGAUCUUGAAGAAAUUUGUUGAAGAAGAUGUGAAACAAGUUUUUUUUAUUGUUGUUAAUUUUUGGUGUUCCUAUGCCCAAAACUUUUGAGACAGUGAAAUUGAUUAUUUUGGUGGUUCCAGAAGGCACCCACGAUUUUCCCUUUGUUUGCAUAAGAGUUGUGUCAGAGGCGAAAGGCCUAGUACACAGCUAAAUCUAACACAGAGUUGAACAGGGUUACUGCUAGAAACAUUUUUUCAAUUGUUCAAUUUUUAACUUUUCUCAUGAAGCAAUGAAGAAUUUUUAUAUAAACACAAAAAUUGGGCACAGCCAUUUGACUGUGUUGGAAGCCACAAGGUGGCGCUGCAGACUGAAGAGACGGAGGAACAAAAUUGACCAGAAUGCUACGGAAGUCCUUGACAAAAAGGAAACACUGAGACAGAUGGGCUGAGAAGAAGAGCUGUCGAGUCCCUGAUUGGGAAAGGAAAAAUUAAAAACCCUAGAUCUCUGGUACACAUAAGUCUGGGUUUGCGAUUGCUAUUUGUGCUGGGGCAGUGUGAUUGAGACUGACAUUGAGGAAAGAAGCAGCUAUGAAGACCAGGGGGUUCAGCUUUCCAAGACAAAGGCAAGUCCUGUUUCUUUUUCUUUUUUGGGGAGUGUCCUUGGCAGGUUCUGGGUUUGGACGUUAUUCGGUGACUGAGGAAACAGAGAAAGGAUCCUUUGUGGUCAAUCUGGCAAAGGAUCUGGGACUAGCAGAGGGGGAGCUGGCUGCAAGGGGAACCAGGGUGGUUUCCGAUGAUAACAAACAAUACCUGCUCCUGGAUUCACAUACUGGGAAUUUGCUCACAAAUGAGAAACUGGACCGAGAGAAGCUGUGUGGCCCUAAAGAGCCCUGUAUGCUGUAUUUCCAAAUUUUAAUGGAUGAUCCCUUUCAGAUUUACCGGGCUGAGCUGAGAGUCAGGGAUAUAAAUGAUCACUCGCCAGUGUUUCGGCACAAAGAGAUGGUCUUAAAAAUAUCAGAAAAUACAGCUGAAGGGACAGCAUUUAGACUAGAAAGAGCACAGGAUCCAGAUGAAGGUCAUAACCGUAUCCAAAACUACACGAUCAGCCCCAACUCUUUUUUCCAUAUUAAAAUUAGUGGCAGUGAUGAAGGCAUGGUAUAUCCAGAGCUAAUGUUGGACAAAGCACUAGAUCGGGAGGAGCAGGGAGAGCUCAGCUUAACCCUCACAGCGCUGGAUGGUGGGUCUCCAUCCAGGUCUGGGACCUCCACUAUACGCAUUGUGGUCUUGGACGUCAAUGACAAUGCCCCACAGUUUGCCCAGGCUCUGUAUGAGACCCAGGCUCCAGAAAACAGUCCAGUAGGGUCCCUUAUUGUUAAAGUGUCUGCAGGAGAUGCAGACUCAGGAGUCAAUGCAGAAGUAUCCUAUUCAUUUUUUGAUGCUUCUGAAGAUAUUUUAACAACCUUUCAAAUCAAUCCUUUUUCUGGGGAAAUCUUUCUCAGAGAAUUGCUUGAUUAUGAGUUAGUAAAUUCUUACAAAAUAAAUAUACAGGCUAUGGAUGGUGGAGGCCUUUCUGCAAGAUGUACAGUUUUGAUAAAAGUAUUAGAUACCAAUGACAAUCCUCCUGAACUGAUCAUAUCAUCACUUUCCAACUCUGUUGCUGAAAACUCUCCUGGGAUAGUAUUGGCUGUUUUUAAGAUUAAAGAUAGAGACUCCGGAGAAAAUGGAAAGACAAUUUGCUAUGUUCAAGAUAAUCUGCCUUUUUUUCUGAAACCGUCUGUUGACAAUUUUUACAUCCUAAUGACUGAAGGUGCACUGGACAGAGAGAGCAAAGCUGAGUACAACAUCACCAUCACCGUCACUGAUUUGGGGACACCAAGGCUGAAAACCGAGCACAGCAUAACCCUGCAGGUCUCCGACGUCAAUGACAACGCCCCCGCCUUCACCCAAACCUCCUACACCCUGUUCGUCCGCGAGAACAACAGCCCCGCCCUGCACAUCGGCAGUGUCAGCGCCACAGACAGAGACUCAGGCACCAACGCUCAGGUCACCUACUCGCUGCUGCCGCCCCAGGACCCGCACCUGCCCCUCGCCUCCCUGGUCUCCAUCAACGCGGACAACGGCCACCUGUUCGCUCUCAGGUCUUUGGACUACGAAGCCCUGCAGGCUUUCGAGUUCCGCGUGAGCGCCACAGACCGCGGCUCCCCGGCUUUGAGCAGCGAGGCGCUGGUGCGCGUGCUGGUGCUGGACGCCAACGACAACUCGCCCUUCGUGCUGUACCCGCUGCAGAACGGCUCUGCACCCUGCACCGAGCUGGUGCCCCGGGCGGCCGAGUCGGGCUACCUGGUGACCAAGGUGGUGGCUGUGGACGGCGACUCGGGCCAGAACGCCUGGCUGUCGUACCAGCUGCUCAAGGCCACGGAGCCCGGGCUAUUCGGCGUGUGGGCGCACAAUGGCGAGGUGCGCACCGCCAGGCUGCUGAGCGAGCGCGACGCGGCCAAGCAGAGGCUGGUGGUGCUGGUCAAGGACAAUGGCGAGCCUCCGCGCUCGGCCACCGCCACGCUGCACGUGCUCCUGGUGGAUGGCUUCUCCCAGCCCUACCUGCGGCUCCCGGAGGCGGCCCCGGCCCAGGCCCAGGCUGACUUGCUCACAGUCUACCUUGUGGUGGCGUUGGCCUCGGUGUCGUCUCUCUUCCUCCUCGCGGUGCUCCUGUUCGUGGCGGUGCGGCUGUGCAGGAGGAGCAGGGCGGCCUCGGUGGGUCGCUGCUCGGUGCCGGAGGGUCCUUUUCCAGGGCAUCUGGUGGAAGUGAGCGGCACCGGGACCCUGUUCCAGAGCUCCCAGUACGAGGUGUGUCUGACUGGAGGUUCAGAGACCGGCGAGUUUAAGUUCUUGAAGCCGAUUACCCCCCACCUCCCGCCCCAUAGGGGUGGGAAAGAAAUAGAGGAAAAUUCUACUCUCCACAAUAGCUUUGGAUUUAAUUAUUGAAAGGAACCCACUUAAUAAAGACAUUUACUUCUUUAA